CUUCAUUAAUAAAUUUACUGCUAUUGAGUUUUUGGCACUUUCCCUCUCUUUCUGUUUCUUAUUUCUUUCCUUGUUUUGUUUUCGUUCCGUCACUCGAACCCAACACUCUCUUGCUAUAGUUGCGCACGCUGCUCACGCAUAAAAACAUCCACUAUAAACUUUACUACUACCAUGGCCGAAAGAUUUGUUAAAGGACAAGAUGGUACUGCCGUCUGCUGGAUGUUCAAUGAAUCCAACACGAGAAACAAUCAUUGGGAUCCUCAACAUCAGCAAGAGCAAGCUACUGCCGCCUUUGCUUCCACUACUCUUGAUGAGAGCAGGAGCAAGAACGAGUGCGAUAAUGAUGGCGAUGAUGAAUACUUUGCGUGUAAAUGGCGAUCAUCCUCAUCGACCUUGGCUUUUCCAAGCUCAAAGUACACCAGUAACAAGCGACCAUUGAACGGCAAUAGCAACAACAGGAGUGAGGGCAGCAGAAGAAGUAGCCCUUCAUUUUGCUUGACCCAUCACCAAAGCAUGAAAAAUUUUUACAUAAAUGAUGAAGAUGACGACGGCGAUGAUGAUAAAAAUACCUCCAACGACAACGAAUAUGGCUCGGUUUCGGAUUCAUCCGAAGACUUUUACCUGGAGGACAGUACCAGCAGUAGCGACGAGGAUUAUUUUUUCGAUCCGUUACCCACGCCGACAGUUACCACCACCAUGACAACUACGACAAGUCCUGCACCAACAUAUGCAUCGCCAACAGCGGCACCGAAAGGGUUGUCGCCAAUGACGGGAUUCUUUCCAGUUUCAAUUGUCACUCCAUCAGCAACAACGAGAAAAAACAGCAAAACGACAACGUCUACCAAAAGCACAUCACCGCCUUCAUCAACAACCGCACCCACCCUCAAGGAUCGACGACAAUUACUUUUACGCCGUUGUGACACCAAAUGCUCUUCCGGGCUUAAUGAAUGGUUUGCAGCCAACUUGCAUCAUUAAACAAACAAAACUCUUUCCACAUUUGUCAAGGAAAUAGGGGAUGGUCUUUUUAGUAGUAAAGUACAUAUAUAUAACAGCACAUUUACUAUUGCUAUCUCUGUUCUCAGACUAUUGUAUAUGUAGCUUAUGUCCUCAGAUUUGUCAUUUCUGAAUUUGUAGUAAAAAUAAGUACACGCUAUUCAUGUUUUUGAGAUAAAGAAAAACCAGUGAAAAGUGGUGUCAUUACAAACACGUA